AUGUCCUUCUCCUCGACGCCCAGCCCGAGGCCGGGGACGUUGGUGUGCACGCACAAGAACACGGCGAGGUGUGUUCUCACGCUGCCUGGGUGCUGUGCGUGUUCAGACUUGAGGCCGCAUACGCCGAGUUACUUUGUCUAUGUCGACGGUAUUGGAAGCGUGCCGCAGGGAACCAGAUGGAACUCGUAUUGCGAUCAUUGUAAAGCUUAUUGGGAGUGCCAAAUCCGGCGCGCCGGCAUAUCCGCCUCCCUGUCCCGCAUACCCGACUUCCCGCGCUCCAGCGCCUUCGACGGGCCCCGCUCCCCACGCCGGACGUUUGCGAGCGCCUUCUCGCAGAUGGAGCACUACACCUCGAGCGGGCCCGCGCGGCCCGCAGCCUACAUCAGGCCCGGCAACAUGCGGCGAGAGGAGCCCUUACAGAGCGUUGAGGGCCCGCCGCCGCGAUUGCAGCGGGACAACCACCACCACCGCCACCACCACCACCACAGCAGGGUCAGGAGCGUACCUACAUCCCCGGACCCAGAAGCACGGGCUUCGCGGGUCAUACAGCGCCCACAGAGCAUACUGAUAAGCCGAGUCGGGGGAGUGGAGACGCCGCCGUCGCCGGUGAGCCCUGAGGAGCCGCCCCCGUCGUUGAAUCACCUUGGCCAUAAUGACAUCAUGAGACGGCAGCAGCAGCGACUGGAUGCGCUGCGGCAUGUUGCUCCGCCUAUACCGCGUACUUACAGCGAUACGUCGAGUAUGGGAUCCAUGGACGCCCAGGCAAGUACCACGAGCGGCACCGUAGCUGACGAUAUUGAGAUCCCGCCUCACUCAAGGGGGCUGCUCUCGUUCGUUGAAUCCCGCGCACAGAUCACCGAUAUCGAGAACCAGCUGGACAGGCUACACGCGCGCAUGAUGAUGGGGACCAGGAACCGCGACAUGCCGCGCGACUACCGCGCCAGCGGAGUCCGCCAGGCCACGCCCCGGUCAUACACCCGGCUGCAGCACCAGGCCGUCCCGCACCGGCCCAGCCGCCGCGAGACCUUCUCCGCACUCGACGAAGCAGACCGCACCUGGUCCUCCGUCGCAUCCGUGACAUCCGCCACCACCGACAACUCCCUCGAAGUCCACAUCUCGCGCACACCAGACCUAGUCCCCUCCCGCGCCGUCACCGAAUACUCCUCGCAGAGCGAAGUCUCCCCGAGCGAGGCCGCACCCAGCGAGGCCCCGCAGAGCGAAGCCAGCACCACAACAAGCUCGCCGACAAACCAGCCGCUCUGGUCCCUCGCCAACAGCGUGCAAGACAUCGAGACGGAGCUCGCCCACCUCUCCGAGGGCACCGCACGGCGCUCCGCCGAGCUCGCGUCGCUGUCGCAGCAGCUCGAGCACCAGACGCGGCAGUACGCGGCCGACGUCGGCAACCGCGACCCCGACAUCCUCGGCCGCGCCAACGAGGGCCUCCGGCGCCUGCGGGAGCUGCGCGAGCGCCGCGAGCUCGGUGACCCGCAGGAGCAGAUCCGCCGCGUGUGGGGCAAUGUCGACGACGACGACUACGUCUCGCCCGUGUCUGCGCUGUUCCAAAGAUCUUGGGAAGCAUACACCCGCCGCCAACAGCUAGAACAAGAAGGGCGGCGCCACGACCCCGUGUCGGCCUGGUUCGACCCCGCACCCGCUGCCCACGACGGCAGCGGCGGCGUGUCGGCGUCGCUCGACCCGCUCGCGGCGUCCGUGAAUGAGGUUGUGGCGCUGCUGCGCAACUUCCGCGAGAGCCUGGGCGGCGACCAGGCGGGGCCUGUUGACCGGGCGGUGGAGGUGCUCGUGCAGCUGCGCGGCGAGAUGCGGCGGCGGGAGGGGCUGCGGGCGGUGGGGAGGCGGCCGAGAGUCUCGAGGGGCGGGGGGAUGAGGGCGCAUUGGGAGCCGCCGAAGGGGCUGGAUGAUGAUGAGACGAGGCCGCCGCCGGUGGAGGAGGCGGCGUUGAGGCUGGAUUGCGAGUGUAAGAUUUGCUUUGGGCAGGUGGCGGAUACGUUGUUGUUGCCGUGUAGUCAUUUGGUGCUUUGUGGGUGGUGCGCGAACCAGAUGGGCGUGAGUAAGGGGACGGAAUUCUCGCCGAGGAUGGUGCAGUGCCCCGUGUGCAGGACGGAGGUGCUGGAUCGGAUCAAGGUGUUUCGGGGAUGA